UCACAUUCACAAUCACAUUCGCAGUUGUAAAUUGACGUUUUGCGUUAACGACCGAAGCGCCUUGGUCGUCGGUUUCGGCUUAAGUGCCGUCCCAUCAGCAACAUCGCGUGUGUUUCGUGAACUUUCCGCUCAAAGCAAGGCAAGUUUUGUGUGCCAGCAUCAUCACCAUCAUCGGCAUCAUCACCGUCGGAAUCGAGCAGCAUCCUAUCCCGCACCCCAUGCAACGCACAAUUUGUUUUGCAUGCAGCCUGAACAUGACUUCAUCAGUGCAGAGAAAAAACACAAAACCACUUUACAGUCCUAAUGGAUUAUGUUUAAUAUGGAAAUCAUAGACCUGCAAUCACAGUAGUAAGCACUUAAUUACAACUCAUGCGUCAGGAUUUUGCAGCGAAACCAACGAGCCGUGUAAAAACGUCAGCGAGUAAAAAGUGAGCUGGAAAAGGAUAACAAAAAAGUGAAAACAAAAGGAAACCAAAACCAAGAGGAAAUAAAACUGAAUAAAAAUAAAAAAGGGCCACCCCCUACAUGAGGUGACCUUUGCCACCCAAACUAUAAAUAGUCCACCCAUAAAAAGCUACCCAACAACACGGCGAAGAGAGUGAAAUCGUUUAAUUGGAUUCUCGCCCACCUUGACUCAUUCGGAUACAAUCAACAACCGCCCGAGUGACCCCCUCACAGGCAACGUGGCUCAAAUGAUGCCCGAAACUGAACGUGACGCACACUUGGAGGCAGCUGAAAUGGCCAGCGGCGCCCUGGGCCACAAUUACGGUGUUGUGAAGGAUCAGCAACAGCAGCAGCAGCAGCAACUGCAUCUCCUGCAGCAGCAGGCUCAACACCAUCAGCAUCAGCAUCAACAUCAGCAGCAGCACCAGCAAUCCAACUCCGAUCUGUACAAGAUGGCCUGCAACGGCUACAACUACAGCAGUCCGCUGACCAUACCGCCCACCUCGAUGACCUCACACAUGGUCAGUCCCAUCAGCAACAGCAAGGAGAAGCUGGUGAAUAUGUUGCGCGUGCGUGACAACAACAACAUGGCCAGCACGAUCGCCGCCGAUAGUCCACCCACCACGUUCCUGCAAAAGCAACUGGAGGCGGUUGUGGCGCCGCGGCCCAGUUCAGUGCAUCCGCAGCAGCAGCAGCAGCCGCAGCAGCAAAGUGUCCAGCUGCAGCAGCAACGGCGUUCGGUCAGCACACCUGCGAUUACAACCACACCUGGUCCGCCCACCAACUGGCACGCCCAUGUCUAUGAUCGGUUGCCGCCACACCCGACGCCCCACUCCAUAGCCGAUAUCCUGGGCAUGUCCCUGAUCAAAAAGGAUCGGCCGGAGGGCGCCUUCGAUCCCCAAGGACCGGCCAAGUCGCCGAACAGCAUACUGAAGCCGUAUCAGGAUCAGCAGCCCAUCCGCAGCUCCUCCAUUUCGAUGAGCGAUGCCAGCGAGGAAGACAGUGCCGCUGUUGCAGGGGCAAGCUCCGCCGCAGCAGCCGCAGCAGCAGCAGCAGCAACUGCUGCAACUCCGCUCGAUCAGCCGCUAAAUCUGUGUGUGGCCAAGAAGUCCCGCGACAGCAACAACUCACCCAUGCCGGCCACCAAACAGAGCCAAAUCCUCGGAAAGUCCGCUACCAAGAAGGAAAGCUCUGGCAAGCCGGCGGCCAAGAAAAAGAAGCUAUCGCCCACGGCAGCGGCAACAGUGGCUUUACCACCGGAUAUCAGUCCAACGGGCAGCAGCGAUAGUUUGAUGCGGGACAAGUUGAUGGCCACCAAUAGCAGCUCGCCGGGCAGCAAUGUGAAUCCGCAGCUGCAGAGCAAUGCGAACAGCACCUUGGAGACCACCGAGGACGACUCCGAUUCCGGUUCCACGGAUGCCCGGCGAAAGAAGAAGGCGCGCACCACAUUCACCGGCAGACAGAUCUUCGAGCUGGAGAAGAUGUUCGAGAACAAGAAGUAUCUCAGUGCCAGCGAGCGCACCGAAAUGGCCAAGCUGCUGAUGGUCACCGAAACGCAGGUGAAGAUCUGGUUCCAAAACCGCCGCACCAAGUGGAAGAAGCAGGACAACGUCACGAAUAACGAGGCGGCGGAGCACAAAUCCUCGAAUGCGAAGCCAGGAGCAGCAGCAACAGCAGCAACAACGCCAAGUGGAGAGCAGAGCGAAAAGAGAUCCACCAAUGCGACUUCACCCACUGUUGGCAAUGCCGCACCCGUUGCGGAGAGCAAGAAAUCUCCAAAGUCUCCGAAUCGCGGCAGUAACAAUAACAACAACAAUACGUUAAAUAACAACGUUAAUAACAGCGAGGGAAAAGUGCCCGCCAAGCAGAGCACCACCAAGAUUAAAAAGCAGCUGAACGCGCUGCUGGAAAAGACAGUUAAAACGGCAAGUCAAGCACAGCGAAGUGCAGAACUGGAGACCAGCGAUCAAAAACCCCCAGUUGAAAAAAGGCCAAGUAAUAGCAAUGAAAAUCAACUGCUACACCAGCGUUUGCAUCAGCACGCCAUACCUCUAACUGUAGAACCGGCCGCCCCACUCGAACAAACCGAGAAAUUGGACAUAAAACGAGAGGAGUCUCCGCAGCACCGGGAAUUACAGUUAAGUCUCCAAAGGGCGGCAAUUCAAAAUGGCCAGCUAACGGAAAUGGAUUUUGAAAGCAAAUUGGCCGCCAGUAAAAUAUCCAUAGCGUUGGCCAUGGCCAACAAACAAAUGCAGCCGGAAAAGAUGGUCAAAACCGAAAGUUCCUCAUCGGAGGGGGAAGGCGAGGGGGAAGGCGAGGAAGAUGAAGAGGAGGAGGUGUCCUCCAGCGAACAUGGCGACUCUACAGAAGCCCACGAUUCCCAGGAUCAGGAUGUCGCCAUGCGGGAGACUUAAAGAGUAAAAAACACAGUCAAAUUAACUUGUGCCAAAAAGUCGAAUAUUGCUCAUCCACAAAGAGGAUAAACCAUCCCAAUAAACAAAAGAAAAAAGAAAAACUAAACAGCAAGAAAAACCCCAUAGUUGUAAUACUUAAUUGUAAUUUAAUUGUCGCGUAAUCCGUUCACCUUUAGGCUUGUAUUUUAUUUAUUUAAUAUACUUAAACGCUAAGGCUAGGCUUUUGUAAAUGUCGCAUUUAAAUGUCCGCGUAAACUAUGGAAAAUUGUAAUCUGAACUUUUGAGAAUUUCAUGUGAUAAUGUAUACGAGGCGAUUACAAAAUUGAUUUUACUACUUGAA